GACUUGCUUUAUCCAAACUUCUUUUGAAACUACGAAGUGCCCUAGAGUAUAUGUUUGUGUAAACACUAAAAUAUAGACAUUAUAUUAUAAAAAUAGUGAAAACCAAUCUUCUUUGGAAACAUCCUGAACUUGCUGAACUGAUUAAAAGUAAUGAUAAGCAUCAGGCAAUCGCAAUGAUAAGAAAUUACAAUAUUUGCUUGUAAAGCUAUAAAUAUAAUGAUAAUGUAGUAUUAUAUUAUACUGGUUGUGAGUUUUUCUUUUUGUUUUCUAUGUAUAUUUUCGUAUCAUUAAAUUCAUACCAAACACUAGUCCUAAGUUUUGUAAGAAAGUAUUAUAUUUUUUGUAAGCAGCAGCUAUUUGUAUUCUGUUAACCCCUAAUCUUUUGCAAGCAAUAUUCAAUAAUCACAGCAACUGUAAAUAAUAACAAGAGAUAUUUAUUAUUAUCUGAGACAUAGAAAUUUUCUUUUGUUUUAUUUAUGUAAACUAGUCUAUUACAUAACUAUCUUACUUAAAACUGUAAUAAAUUUUUACUUGGUCAGAAUUAAUUAUCUGAUUUGAACAAAUAACCCCCUAAUUAUGAAUGAUUCCAGAUACGUUCAGGUGUGGGUGUCAUUUUCUACUCAUAACUUUCUCUUAUAUUUUGUUGUCAGCCUGCUCAGAACUUAGAUUUACACAUCGCAAAAUAUAUUUUUUUUUGGAGAAAAAAUCGCAAAAUAUAUUCCAUUAAUCAUAGGUCAUACAGUUAGAUUACAAGCAUACCAAAAAUAAAUCACGGAUUUCAAGGUGGAUUUAUUUUCUUAAUAGAAAGCCGGCAACCGUCGUGGGUUGAUCAAAAGUUAAAUUCAAAGAUUUUAUUUGUUAUUUUUUGGUAAAUAAAAUGAUAACCGGUAAUAGGUAGCACCGUAGCAAGUAUUCGUUGGACAUGAGUUUUGACAUCUUUAUUUAGCCACUAUGUUCUUCAAAAUAUUUGUUUACCGAAAAAUAAUCUACAUUGAAAAAUUAUCAAAGUUAUUGAGGGCACAUGCAUGCACAAUAUAUUUUUUCAAUAUUUUAAAUAUAUACUUUUGACGUUUGAAGCAUUCGAACACUUUGGAUGUAAUUAACUAAAACUGUACAAUAGGAGUAUUAUUUAGGGUUUAUCUUUCCUUGGGAUCGGAGUAUUUUGUAAAGAGUUUAAUUUGAUGAUCGGAUCCCAGUUUAGGUGUAUCUGCCACCUGAAAAUAGUAUCAAAACAUAAUUCUCAACAAAAAAAUAUUUGCUAACGAACAUAAUUAAUGCACGUAAUAUUGGCUGGUGCAUGCAGCUGCUAGGUUCGAUGAGUCAGUGCAACGGUAUCUUUAAUCUUUCACACAACUCAAGUUACGCGUCUCAUAACGUAUUUGAUGGCACGCGUGCCAGACGGAGAUUGUCUAGCUCCAAUAUUGCCUACAUGUCGUGAUUUAAAUCGUUAAUAUAAAGCAAAACUUAUUAAUAGACAACUUAUAAUUAAAUAUAUGAUCACGGUUAUAUUUUUACAAUGGAAGUAUUACUGUCAAUCCGAUACUUUUAUUAGAAAAACAAAAUUCACAUAAACACACACAAAAUCACACAUACUCCCUCUGUUCCAUAAUAUAAUAUAAAUAGUUUUAUCUAAAAUCACAAAGAUUAGAAAAACUAUUAUUUUUUUAAAAAAUUAUCAUUUAAUGUAUAAUUUAUAUAUAAUUGAACUAAUAAUAAAUAAAUUUAUAUAAUUUGAUUGGUCACAUUAUAUCCAAAAAUAUAAAAAUUGCCUAAAAAUGUGAAAACUGCUUACAUUUUGAAACCAACAAAUUUCUUAAAACUAUAUAUAUAUAUAUAUAUAUAUAUAUAUAUAUAUAUAUAUAUAUUAUGAAACAGAUGAAGUAUAUUAUAAAACUAUUGUAUGAUACAUACUUAAAAAAACUCUUAUUGAUUAAAAGAUACCAGUUGUUAUAUUUCCCUUUCAUAGAACUAGUCGCCCACGAAUUUUCAGAAUUUCUUAAAAUCAAGAAAUUGGAUGUUUAAGAAAAAGAGAAGAGAAAGAUAUGGAAAGGCAUACGAUGUAUGCAUAAAAGAAUGCUGCAAGUGGCCAGCGAUGGACCAUAUUCUUCUACAUCAGCAAAAUGAAUCAUUGCCUUUAAACCAAGUGAUUAAAACCGCCUUUAAUUACACUCUCUUCUAGAUAAUAUGUACAAAUUACCUUUCAGAAAUUUUGUCACCAUUAGCACUUAAUUUGGUAAACAUAUUAAUUUUAUUUCAGGUCACACUUGCCAUAUUUUUCCAUGAUCAUUUGUUUUCCCAUUCAAAAUAUAUAUCUCUCAUGCUCAAUCAAUUUCUUAAAAUAUCUAUAUAUUAUCUUAUCUUCUUGUACUAGCUUGUUCCCAAAGGAACCGUACGUAAUAUCUUGCUGUUUUCACAUAAGGUGUUUAAAAAAAACGAAUAUGGAAGAAAUAUUUUGUGGAAAUAGAAAUAGCAAGCUAAAUAAGAGGAAUAUAACAAGAUGCAAGGCAAAUGCACAAUGAAGAUCAAGACAGCCGUGACAUUUUUUUUGUAAUGGGUCGCACAAUAUCGAUAAGAUAAUUAAGUUAUUCCGCACAAAAAAAAUACAACUAUUAUUACUUUGAAAACAUUCGUAAACAACACAAAAAGGUAAAAACAAAAGAGAGCUAAAGUGGCAGCACUAGUAUGUAACUACUAAGUACUAACUAGUGCGAUUGAUUUAACUCAUAAACACCAAAAUGUUAUUUUAUUACUGCCACACACUAAAAUACACACACAUAUGUGGAUUAGAAGUUUUUCCAUAGAUUCUGAUUUGAUUUUAAUUUUUAUAUAUGUACAAAAGCAAGGAUAAAAUACUAAUGAAGGUAAAUAAGGGCUGGUUGGUGGAGUGGAAAUGCAAGGAUGAAAGAUGGACAGAUCGGGGAAUAUGAACUAACGCUGUCUUCAACUCUCUAUUGGCUACAUGACGAUCUUUUGAUUACGACAGGAGUGAAUUUUUAGAAACCCUCCAAAAUCUAUUUAAUAGAAUCAUUUAUUAUUGUAUAUGAGGAUAAUAUAACACUCUUAUUCACAAUUUCAGUUAUAUAUCGAGUCAUCAUUACAACAUGAUGAAAUUCAUGGACUUCUAGUAACAAGAAACUGAAUACAAGAUUAUCACAUUCGAAUAUUUUAGUUUAUCAUAUGUACUGAUGUUUUUUUUCUUACUGUAUCUAAUUAGCAUCCUGCAAAUGAUGCGCAUAUACAUUCAUAUUGCCGUGGACUGGCUGACUGAUAGAUUCAUAUGUUCUCUAUAUAUCCAAGAAGCUCCAGACCAGAAUCCAUAAUCUCCACGGGUCAAGAAUUAAAGCAAGUUUAAAUGAUUUCUCGAACUUGGUACUUCUGCCCUUAUGAUCACAAGGUUUUACUGGAAGAGGUAGCAGCUCGGAUCAGAUUCAUAUGUUUCUUGUUUAAAAAGGAUACAACUCUUUAACGUACCUUAAAACAAAAUGUACAGUACACACCACUUUACCACAAAAUGGUACCAUGGAAGAAAACAAAAGAUAGAGAGGUCCAAAGAUCCAGGUUGUGCAGGCCAUUUUGCAUCCAAUAUGAUAAAAAAUGACAAUACCAAUUAUUGAAAUUAGAUGGCCCUCUUGUAAGAGUUUAGAAAGUGUAUGGACCUCACAAAAUUUUCUAAUCUUCUCAAUAUGGUCUAAAGUAGAUUGGACCCAAAAAACAACUUGGAAAGCUUUUGGCCUUUAUGUUAUUUAAUUAAAUAAGUAGAAUUUUGGUGGAAAGCAUGUCUCUUUUCAUGACAAAAGUAUUGAAUCUUCUCAUUUAUUGUUCUUCAGAAGUUCACCGUUGACCUGUUGGUGAGAUUGAAUUGGUCAAACUUAGACAACUUGAGCAACCAGAAUUUGAAAGUAGACCAACCUCUCCAUCACACAAAGAUUGAAACCAAAGUCAAUUCACAUUUAAAUAUAAAGACAGAAGAGAACUCAUUCACUCUCUCACACAAUUCAUAAAACAGAGCUUUUUCUGCAAAAAUCAUUAAUAAGUGAUGCAGGUUAUGAGAAGGAUCCCAUCAGGAGAAGGCGCAGAUAUGCGUGAAAGAUCAGAGACGACUCGGGUCAGACGUAGGAGUCACGGUUCGGCCCUGAGAGUUCGACAGCCUUGCACGUGUUCAGGACGGCCUGGCUCGUCCAAGUGCGUGAGGCACGGGUUUAUGGUGCCAAGUGACGGAAGCAAAGAGGUGUUGCGAAGAGCUUUGACGCCUCCGAUCCGGCGGAUGAAUCUCCGUUGGUUGAAUUUCCGACCAACACCUAGCAGACUCUGUAGAAUGUCUUCAGUUUGAUUUUAAAAUUUGGAUACUCUCAUAACUGAGAACUUUUUUUUUGGUUUGAAUGUAAAUAAAAAGUUGAAAUUUGUUUUGUUCCAGUAAUGUUGGAAAUGAGAUCCAUUUGCAGAUA